AUGUCAUCAGGAAUUGAUACCCAGAAGGGCAUUGGUACUGCUCCUACUGGUGCUACCUUUGCAAGUAUGUCAUCAAGAGUUGAUACCCAGAAAGGCAUUGGUACUGCUACUACUGCUGCUGCCUUUGCAAGUAGUAUAUCAUCAGGAGUUGAUACCCGAAAGUGCAUUGGGACUGCUACUACUGGUGCUGCCUUUGUAACUAGUAUGUCAUCAGGAGUUGAUACCCAGAAGGGCAUUGGUACAGCUACUACUAGUGCUGUGUUUGCAAGUAUGCCAUCAAGAGUUGAUACCCAGAAGGGCAUUAGUACUGCUCCUACUUGUGCUGCGUUUGCAAGUAUGUCAUCAAGAGUUGAUACCCAGAAGGGCAUUGGUACUGCUACUACUGCUGCUGCCUUUGCAACUAGUAUGCCAUCAAGAGUUGAUACCCAGAAGGGCGUUGAUACUGCUCCUACUUGUGCUGCGUUUGCAAGUAUGUCAUCAAGAGUUGAUACCCAGAAGGGCAUUAGUACUGCUCCUAUUUCUGCUGCCUUUGCAACUAGUAUGUCAUCAAGAGUUGAUACCCAGAAGGGCAUUGGUACUGCUCCUAUUUGUGCUGCCUUUGCAACUAGUAUGCCAUCAAGAGUUGAUACCCAGAAGGGCAUUGGUACUGGUCCUACUGGUGCUACCUUUGCAAGUAUGUCAUCAAGAGUUGAUACCCAGAAGGGCAUUGAUACUGCUCCUAUUUGUGCUGCGUUUGCGAGUAUGCCAUCAGGAGUUGAUACCCAGAAGGGCAUUGGGACUGUUACUGCUGGUGCUGCCUUUGCAACUAGUAUGCCAUCAAGAGUUGAUACCCAGAAGGGCAUUGGUACUGCUCCUACUGGUGCUACCUUUGCAAGUAUGUCAUCAAGAGUUGAUACCCAGAAGGGCAUUGAUACUGCUCCUAUUUGUGCUGCGUUUGCGAGUAUGUCAUCAAGAGUUGAUACCCAGAAGGGCAUUGGUACUGCUACUACUGCUGCUGCCUUUGCAACUAGUAUGCCAUCAGGAAUUGAUACCCAGAAGGGCAUUGGUACUGCUACUACUGGUGCUGCCUUUGUAACUAGUAUGACAACAUCAGGAGUUGAUACUCAAAAGUGCAUUAGUACUGCUACUACCACUGCUGCCUUUGCAACUGGUAUGACAACAUCAGGAGUUGAUACCAGGAAGUACAUCAAGAUUUCUAGAACAUUAGAAAAGAAGGUUUCACCAGGAGCCAUAUCUGAAGUUAGAAUGCUGACCACGAAAUCUAAGAAAGGGUUUGAAACAGCAGUGUUUGUCUGUGAAGAUGAAAAAUUAAUCGAAAGGACACCAAUCAAAAGCAAGAAAAAACGAGAUGUAGUAAUGGAAGAUAAAGGAACUGAGAUAACACCUUCCUUAAUAAGGAUGGCAAUGAGAGAAAGAGAAAGGGAAAACAAGGAAAAAGAAAAAGAAAGUGAUAGAGAGAAGGAAAAGGAAGAAAAAGAGAAGGAAAGAGAGGAGGAAAAAGAGAAGGAAAGACAGAAGGAAAGAGAGAAGGAAAGAAAAAAGGAAAAAGAAAAGGAGAGAGAGAAGAGGAAGAGCAAGGAAGAGACUAUCUCUUUUUCCAAGUACCAGCUUCACCAAACUAGUAUUUGCAGCAUUCCAUCGAUAAGACCAGCUCCAUCUACACCUCCCCGGAAAACUAGUCUUCAUUCCAACCUUUAUAUGAAUAUGUAUGAUGAGGUGCAGCAUGAAGAGUUUUUCUUACCAGAUUUGGAAGCACUUCCAAAAGCCUGUAAAAUUUUCAAUAACAUCCGAAAUGGUAAGAUUCAUGUGAAUGAUGUGCUACCAACUCUACGUGCCUUAAAGAUUUCCAUAAGCGAUGGAGAACUGCGCCAGGCAUUGAAAGGUGUUUAUAUUGAUGUAAAUGGAAUGCUGGAUUUUUCAGACUUCUUGGAGGUUUUGAAAGAAAGGAGUUCCUUCUCUCAAGACCCAGCAUUGCAGGAAGCACAUCAAAUUUUCAGUAAGGUAAAAGGAGGUCGGGUUGGAGUUGAUGAUGUACAAUCUGUUCUAAAUACCUUGGGAGUCUCUGUAAGUUUUAAUACUUACCAGGAUAUGAUGAAAUACUUGUAUCAUGAUGAUAAUAGAACUGUGGAUGUUAGAGAUCUUCUAUUUUCUUUGGAUGAUCUACAACAACAAUAUGAGGAGAUUGUAAUUAGGGAUUGGUCAUUCCAAGAUGAGUCUGAUCGGAGAUCUUCAAAAGUCCAAGGCAGUAAGUCAUUUCAGCAAGUAAGAAAGAAGAGCAGUCUAUAUCCUAUUUCAUCUGAGUCUUCCUUCACACAGUUUAGUAAAAAGAGCUUCGGUGAAAGAGGUUUGGAGGAGAGCUUUGACGUUCUUGCCCCACAGCAAAGUUUAAAAAGUAACUUGAGUUUGAAAAAGUCUUUGGAAAGAGCUGAAAUCCCUCUUGAAUCCCUACGAACAAGCUCAAAACCAAGCAUAAUCUUCAGAAAAAUUGUAGGUCAGCCAGAGACUUAUAAGUUGGAUUCUUCACCCCCCAAAUCCAUCCCAAGCUUCAGAAGACCUUUGCAUGAAGCUGAUAUUUUUGUCUCAGAGUCUCAACAAAAGAUUCUGAAGACAGAAGGUUAUGAACUGGAGCCUAUAAAGAGUAGCUCCAGAAAAUCUCUGGAAGAAAUUGAUAUCUAUGAAAUAUGUGCCACUGGGACCCAACCACGUGGUAGUAGUAUUUCUCUCAAGAAAUAUCCAGAUAUAGAAGAGAUUCCUAGUGUGAAAAGGAGUACAAGUUUCCCAAAAUACUUGGAAGAACCCGAGCCAAAAUAUGGAAUUUCUGUCACAGAUCUCCAUCCACCAAGUGUAAAGAGUAGUAUAAUCAGAAAACCAUUAAGUGAAAUUCAUAUUCUAGAGAGCCCACCAGCCUCUUAUGACUUGGUUGAGUUUCAACCUGAAAAAACAAAAGAAAAAUUAAUAGAGAAGCAGGCACCAGAAGUAACUGAAGACAUACAAGAGCCCAUUGGAUAUUUUAAAAAACUCAAGGAGGACAAAGUUCCAGUUAGUGAACUCCAGUAUAUGUUGAAGAUUAUUGGAAUGGAUUUAUCUGAAGAUGAAUUUGAGAAGGUGUUGCCACUGACUCCUGCAGAUGAUGAUGGAAUGGUGGAUUUAAAUGAUUUUAUGGCUAAUCUGGUCAAAUCCCAACAGUUCAAAGAGUAUACUGUAUUGAAAGAUACCAUUGAUAUUUUUGAAGAAUUUGAAGAUGAGAAUAUUCCCUUGCAAGAAGUACAACCCAGUCUGAAGAAAUUGGGAAUCUAUACUUCCAAGACAGAAUUUAAUAAAGCCCUAGAACAGAUACCUCCUGAUAGUAAGUGA